AUGGUUCCCUGCUGUUUCUUGGUGGCCAUGCUGGCCCCUCUGGUGUUAGCCCUGGAACAGUCUCCAGACAUGGUAAUCAAAGAAGGCGAAUCCGUGAAUCUGGAAUGUUCCAACAAGAAAUCUUCCAACAGAUAUAUGUACUGGUACCUGCUGCCUUCAGAGAAGAAUUCCAGUCUGACCCAGUUGGUUUAUGCAUAUGAAGGUGCCAAUGCAGUGGUGGAGAAGGGUUUUGAGAGCCAUUUCAAGAGCAGCAAGAUAAAAGGAGACAGUAUCACCCUCUCAAUAGAGCAUGCCUUUCUCAAUGACUCUGGUACAUACUACUGUGCUGAGAGUGAACACAGUGGUGAGACUGCUGAGGGAGCUGAGCACAAACUUGUCCCUGCACAAACAGGACCUGCUUUCCACUUGUGGCUGCUGCACGAGGCAGGGUGUGAGGAAUGCGCAGAGAGAAGCAUCCUGAAAAUCAGCAAAGGCAAAUGCAGGAUUUUACAUGAGUGGAAAAAUAACCUGCUGUACCGGCACAGGCUGGGGGCUGACCUGCUGGGGAGCAGCUCUUCAGAGAAGGACCUGGAGGUCCUGUUGGACAAGAAGUUCCCCAUGGUCCACCAAUGUGUCCUGGUGGCCAAGAAGCCAGAGCUGUCCUGGGAUGAGCGUUAG